GGACGUGGAAAAAGCACCGAGAGGGCGAGCGAGCGGCCGGGCGGCAGCGCGGAGCCCCCCGCCGGGCCGGACGGAGCCCGCGGCCGAGCGCAGGCGGCAGCGCCCGAGCCCGAGCCCGAGCCCGAGCCCCAGGCCGGGCGGCGGCGGCGGAGCCCGGCGGCAGCUCCCGCGGAGUGAGGCAGGGUUUGGCAUGGUACCAUGGAGGGGCAGCACAACCACCCGCACCACCUGGGGGACCAGAACAGCGCGCUCUGCAAGCUGCCGGGCCAGGACUACCAGCAUGACCCUCAGAGACAUUUAACAUCGUACCCAUACCGCUGCACGCUGGCAGACUUUCAGAUAGAGAAAAAGAUUGGACGAGGACAAUUCAGUGAAGUUUACAAAGCAACUUGUCUUCUGGACAGAAAACCUGUGGCAUUAAAGAAAGUUCAGAUUUUUGAAAUGAUGGAUGCCAAGGCUAGGCAAGAUUGCAUUAAAGAAAUUGACCUCUUGAAGCAACUGAACCACCCCAAUAUAAUUAAGUAUUUGGAUUCUUUCAUUGAAGACAAUGAACUUAACAUUGUCCUGGAGCUGGCAGAUGCUGGUGAUCUCUCCCAGAUGAUUAAGUAUUUUAAAAAGCAGAAACGGUUAAUCCCGGAAAGGACGGUGUGGAAGUAUUUUGUGCAGUUAUGCAGUGCAGUUGAACACAUGCACUCCCGCAGGGUGAUGCACAGAGACAUAAAACCAGCCAAUGUGUUUAUAACAGCCACAGGGGUGGUGAAGCUGGGAGAUCUUGGAUUAGGCCGUUUUUUUAGUUCUAAAACCACUGCAGCACAUUCCUUAGUGGGAACUCCAUACUAUAUGUCCCCAGAAAGAAUACAUGAAAACGGCUAUAACUUUAAAUCUGAUAUCUGGUCUUUGGGCUGUUUAUUGUAUGAAAUGGCAGCUCUUCAGAGUCCUUUCUAUGGAGAUAAAAUGAACCUGUUUUCUCUUUGCCAAAAAAUAGAGCAAUGUGACUACCCACCUCUUCCAGCUGAACAUUAUUCUGAAAAGCUACGGGAGUUGGUCAGCAUGUGCAUAUACCCCGAUCCCGAUCAAAGACCUGAUAUUGGUUACGUGCACCAAAUAGCAAAACAAAUGCAUGUUUGGACCUCCAGCACUUGAACCAUCUGCAAACACUCUCAAAAGCCAGCACAGCUUAGUCUUACUUGAAUUUUUUUCUCAGAUGAAACCGACUGGUGCCUAGUCACGCAAGCGAGAGGGUUGAGCACUCGUAGCAAGAUGCUCUAUUAUUUCUGCAGGUUAUUUGACAAGGACUCUUACAAGGUGGUCAUGCUUUAAAGUGAAGAUUCUGUGAGGUAUUGCAAGUGAUUUUUUUUUUUUUAAGCCAAUAACAUGUUACAGUUGUAGAUCAUUUAAGGGUCCUUUCUUAAAACUGUCGUGUGUAAUCUAGGAUAGAUUAUAUUAACAAGGGUGUCAGAGCAUUUGACACACCUCUUCUAUCUUAACUGUAAUGUGAAAUAUUGAAAUAAUUCCUUCGGUGAAAUCACUUUAUACUAAUGUAAGAAUUACAGUAGAUUUUUGUGUAAUUUGUAUAACUGCUACUUUGCCUCUUCUGCAAAUGGUUAAUAGCGAAUUCAAUUUUUACUUUGUGUAUUUUAAAGCAUCCAUUUAUGUGUUUUUAUUAAUUCCCUCCUCUUCAGACUUAGAAACUGGGAGGGGCUUGGGAGGAGAGAAAUGCAUUUGUUUCAUGAUUUUUUUUAUUUUUUUUAAACUGAAAACUUAAGAGUGAAUAUUUUGCUGAUGCAUUUACUUGCUAAUUUGACUACAGUCAAUUAGAUGAAUUCAGCAUAUAGCUGGGGGGGAAAUAAAAAAAAAAAAACACAUGCCAAACAAACCCCAAACUAUCAUGCUUCUGCAAAUAAUUCCUCUAAACUUAUCUUCCCAUUUGUUGUGACUAUUUUUAGACUACAAGUUCAUAUUGAAAACCAGUGUUUAAUACAGCUAGAUUUUUGGGGAAGAUACUUUUACACAUUCAGUAGUGUUAAGUACCAGUAGGUAAAACUUAAGCAAAGCAGUGUUUUAAACUCUGAAACAUUUAAAAAACAAGUAAAAUCCUUGGUGUAAAACAUUUAAAAAACAAGUAAGUAAAAUGCUUUGUGUAUCUAAUUCUCCAUAAGGAUCAGCCCCGUCUAUAUAACUGUGAAAGCUAAUUUACAGAAUGUGAAUUUUUAUAAAAAAUCUCAACCUGAUUUGAAGGAGUCAUCUUCUUUAACUAAAUGAAAAUUUUCAACCAACUAAAUUCAUUCAUUGAAUCAAUGAUUUGUUUCAUUACUGUCAAUGAAAAAUAUUCACUGCUUUAGGAACAAAACUUGGAUUCACGUUCAAGUGUUUCCAUUUCAUUUGCCUGUUCAGAGGAACAGUGCUGCACUUAGUGUUCUUGAGGACUACAGCGGGGGAAAUAAAUAAGCCUGUUCUGUUACAGCGCUGCUUCCAUGUGUGACGGUGGCUAAUGCCAAAAUGUAGAUUUGUGUGUGACAGUUCAAAUGCAGCCUGUGCCUUUUUUUCUGUUGUUGUUGUUUUGUUGGUUUUUUUCUUUAAGAAAAGAAUACAAUCUUUUUUUUUU